AUGGCAGCUUCUCGAGGGGCUCAAAUAGCUGCUCGCCUUCUCAGUCGAGGCUCCAAGUCUUUCAGUUCAGACGUCUCCCUGCUGGUCGACCGCAAAUUUUAUCCGCGUCCAGGUCAUAAGGCAUCGAAGACGACUACUCAGUGUCUCCAUACUAGGGCAAGGCACCAUGCUCAAGCUGCUGCUGCUGCUGUUCCUCGAGAGGAGCCAUGGGAGCCUUCCGAACCAAGCAACCCUGCCAUGGCUUUCCCAUGUCUAGAUGCGCAAGAGAUGAAAACGGCUGCACUUCAGACUCGAUCCCUAGAAUCCGGUCCCGAGCCCUCGUAUACCACUGGAAAGCAUCUGGUCUUUCACAGCUCCGAUCCGUUUCUUCUCGAUUGGGGCGGCAUUCUACCAGAGUUUGAUAUCGCAUAUGAAACGUGGGGGGCGCUGAACUCAGACAAGAGCAAUGCAGUUCUGUUACACACUGGUCUGUCGGCCUCGAGCCAUGCACAUAGCACCGAAGCAAACCCCAAAGCUGGCUGGUGGGAAAAGUUCAUUGGGCCUGGUGCCCCGGUCGACACCAACAAAUAUUUUGUGAUAUGUACCAACGUCAUUGGAGGAUGCUUUGGAUCAACAGGGCCUUCCUCCAUUGACCCCUCCGACGGACAGAGAUAUGCGACAAGAUUCCCCAUACUGACUAUGGAUGACAUGGUGCGUGCACAAACCAGGUUGCUGGACCACCUUGGAAUUGAAAAGCUUUUUGCCAGUGUGGGAGCAAGCAUGGGCGGAAUGCAAAGCCUGGCCUUUGGCGUGCAUUUUCCGGAAAAGGUGCAGAAGAUUGUCAGCAUUUCUGGUUGCGCAAGGAGUCACCCUUACAGCAUCGCAAUGAGGCAUACUCAACGCCAAGUUUUGAUGAUGGAUCCGAAAUGGAACAGAGGCUUCUACUACGACAGCAUCCCCCCUCACACUGGGAUGAAACUGGCAAGAGAGAUUGCGACCGUGACUUAUCGGAGUGGGCCUGAAUGGGAGAUGAGAUUCGGUCGUCGUCGAGCCGAUCCCAGGAAACAACCCGCAUUGUGCCCGGAUUUCCUCAUCGAGACCUACUUGGAUCAUGCGGGAGAAAAGUUCUCCCUAGAAUACGACCCCAAUUCCCUGCUUUAUGUUUCCAAAGCAAUGGACCUCUUUGAUUUGGGUCACGAUCAUCAAGAGAGCGUCAAGAGCCGACGUCAACAGAAUGUGGGGAAAUUGACCCAGCACCGAGGCCAACAGAUACAAAGUGACCCAUCCUGCAGUCUCACGUUGCCGUCCAAGAAAUAUGAGGAGCAGGAGCAGACAGCUCCAAUGGAUGAGGCGCUGGUCUCCGAGUCCGCAGGUGGACCGCCAAAGGACCUCGUCAAGGGAAUGGGAUCGCUUAGCUCGCAUCCGGUGCUGGUAAUGGGUGUAGCCAGCGACAUUCUGUUCCCGGCAUGGCAACAGCGUGAAAUUGCCGAGACAUUACGGGCGGCAGGAAACGGGCGUGUCACCCACAUCGAGUUGGGCGAAGACAUCAGUCUGUUCGGGCACGAUACAUUCCUGCUAGAUCUGGAACAUGUUGGAGGCCCGCUCGGGAAGUUUCUGCAGCAAUAG